CGGCGCAAGUCCACGCUGCUGGUGGGCGCGGGCGCGCUGGUGCUGCUGGUGCUGUGCCUGCAGUACAACGCGCUGGGGCUGCAGCAGCAGCAGCCCAUGCAGGCCGCCAUCCAGAGCAACGCCAUCGACGCGCUGGACAAGCAGGACAAGCAGGACCGCUCCAGGUCUGACGGCGGCGUCAAGUUCGUCAAGUCGGUGGAGAGCCCCGUCAUCGUCCCCGCCGUGGUCGAGGACCGGGACCGCGGCGACUCGGCGGUGGCGGCCGUGGCCGCGCGCGUGUACGUGCCGCCGCAGCGCAUGGCCCACUUCGACCUCAAGGGGGCCGCGCCGCGCGUCCCCUACAUCAAGAAGGUGUUCGCCCUGAUGAAGCAGCUCGGCGCCACGGGCGUGGUCCUGGAGUGGGAGGACGCCUUCCCCUUCUGGGGCCCGCUCGAGUCGCUGGCCACCAGCAACGCCUACUCGCGCGCUGACGUGCGCGACAUCCUGCAGUCCGCCAAGGAGAACGGCCUGGAGGUGAUGCCGCUCGUGCAGACGUUCGGCCACGUCGAGUUCGCCCUCAAGCACGCCAAGUACGCCUCGAUCCGCGAGGUGCCGGACUCGCCCCAGGCGCUGUGCCCGUCCAACAACGCCAGCAUGGACUUCAUCAAGGUGAUGAUCGACCAGGUGAUGGAGCUGCACCCCGGCGUGCGCUACCUGCACAUCGGCUGCGACGAGGUGUUCCAAAUGGGCGAGUGCCCGCGCUGCCGCAACACGAUGCGCGAGAACCUGUUCCUGGGCCACGUGGCGCGCGUCGCCAGGUACGUGCGCAGCAAGUACUCGUACCGCGGCCACCCCGUCACCCCCAUCAUCUGGCACGACAUGCUGCAGCACCUCGCGCCGCAGAGCAUGGACGAGUACCACCUCGGCGACCUGGUGGAGCCCAUGAUCUGGGUGUAUGCAGAGGAUGUUUACCGCUUCGUGCCAACUAUCAUUUGGGACAAGUUUGCGUCUGUUUUUCCCCGAGCCUGGACUGCUUCAGCAUUUAAGGGAGCCUUUGGAGAGACCAUGUACAUUCCAAACAUUAAACGCCACCUUGAAAACAACUUGAAGUGGCUAGAAGUCAUGACUAGUGAAGGACCCAAGUUUAAAGAAGGAUUUCAAGGAAUUGUUAUAACUGGAUGGCAACGGUAUGAUCAUUUUGCUGUUCUCUGUGAGUUGCUCCCUGCUGCUAUUCCUUCACUUGCAGUAAACAUGCUCACUGUCACUAAUGGAUUCAUCAAUCCUUCGCUGAAGGGUAAACUGACGACUGCUCUUGGGUGUGCACACAGUAGUGGUGAAGGCCAAAAUUUAGGCGGUAGUGAUUCUGGAGUAGAGACAAAUGCAAUGUUCCUAAACCUAAACUCUGAUCCAUUUUUGUGGGAUAUGUUCAAUCGUUGCUCUUUUCCUGGAGUUUCUUUCUUCCGUCUCACUUACCGAUUACAUAAUGCUCAGAGAGAAGUGCGAGACUACCUUCAUUCUGUGACCAAAGCCAAAGGGUGGAUGACUGACUAUAAUGUGAGACAUAACUUCACAAGCCCCCUGCGGAUAGAUGAGCUUAUGAUGGAACAGCCUCGCGUUUACCACUCUUUGGUUCAACUUGCUCAUAAUGCAAAUGAUGCUCUGAGAGAUGUGUUCGACGCUCAUACCAUUGCUGAGUGGGUGGAGCAAAGAAUAUACCCAGAUAUUAAACGGUUGGAACAGCUCGCUAAAGAUGCAGCUGCACUCAAAGCUAGGAAGGUGUGGCCCAGAAGACCAUUACCUGCACUAGCAGAUCUUGGCAGGUUAGGCAUUUCUUUGCCCGAGGAAGAAAAUGUGGGAUCUGCUACAGACCAUCCUCGCCCCUCAUGAUCUUCUCAGCUGACUUAUCAGCCACAAUAGAUAAUCUGCAUCAUUCAAGAGAGUGGUUUGAUGUAGCUAAUAGACACUGGAAGCAACAGCAGUGUGGUUUUUAGAAUGUCUGAUUCCAGUAUAUUUGAUUUGAUGAUGAGAUUUGACUCCUAGAGAUAUUUCUCUUCUACAUUUCAGUGUCACCACUGUGGACUAGUUUUUAUUUCCUAAAAAUUUUGCUCGUCGUUCAUACUCACAGAAAGAAAUUUAUAGUAUGUAACUAGAAAUUCUGUUAAAAGUUAGCACACAGCUGUUUUUUGUUGUUUUCUCUCUCUCUCUUGAAAGAAAUUUCUAUGUCUAUUAGAUAUAAUCUCUUUGAGACAAGAGUCUAUAAGGUGAUUCAGUGAUCAGUUAUUUAUUAUUUAAAAGAUGAAUAUGCUUAUUCAUACAUUAGGUUGUACCUUGUUAGUAUUUAUUUAUGGAAAACCUUUUUUACAAUGAAUGCGAUUUUCCACUAGUUGUGAAGAGCAAUUUUUGUACCUGCUGUUUGGCUGUCAAGAGCCAGCUUUUACUUCAAGCAUAAGAAUAAUCUCAAUCCUGUAUAAAUUGGAGGUUUUUCCAGUAUGGCAGAUUUCUCACAGGCUCGUACAAUUGGGAACUGUUUAAGGAAGAGCCUUCUUUAUCACUUUAACUUGAACUUGCACUGAUGAUUUUAGUCCCAAAUUAAGGGACAGGAUAAUUGCACUUGCUAGCAGACUGAGAAAACAUAAAUUAAGUCUUGUCAUUUGGUUCAAUUCUCAGUGCCAACAUAUCUGGCAGUCAGUCAGUCUACUGUGGAACAAUUAAGGCAAAGCCAGCAGUUCUGUAAGUUUUUGCCUUCUGUGUUAGUUGCAAAAAAUGAGCAAUUAUUUCUUUUUUCUGUAUGAGAGAAGGGUCCAAAAUCCAAAAUAUGUAAGGCAUUUGUUGUACUAUUUGUGAGUUAUUUAUAUUUCAUUCAAAUCUGCUGGUAGGUUUUGAAUUUUUUUUUCAUAACCUGGAUUUAUUUAAGACAAGGACCUAUUUAUGCAGUAUUUGGUAUUAAGAGGGACUUGGAAGUCCUAUACCUUUGUUGUUGUUUUUUCUUUUCUUUUUCAUGGUGUUGUUUUACUCAUGAAAAGUCACUUAUUUUACCAACUUUCAUCUGUACAGAGGAACAUGAGACAUUGCAUACUGUGAUUUGUGUUCAAAAUGCACAAUGUGACUUUCCUGUUAUUUAUUCAUAUUCUGUUCUUUGUUGGUUUCUCUGCCUUUAAAGUAUUUGAUAAGGUUGUUUCAAUACUGUUUACUUUAUGUGCAUGUUACUUACUUAGGUUUUUUGCCAUGGUUGUGGCAAGUGUGCACUGCCCACUAAUAGAUCGUUCCACUGUUUAUUUUAUGCAUGUGUAUCUCUUGAUGGGACCGAUCAGUUUAAUUAUUUAUGUUGUCUCAAACAUAUUUGUUACAUUUGCAAUACCCUGGAGGUAAAAAGACAUCUCCCUGUUACUGUUUUUUUUUUUCUCUCUAGUACUAUAGCUUGAUGGUUUUGCUUAAUUUCUGAUUUUUCUUUGCUGGUGCAUCAUAUCCCAUCAAGGGCACAAACUGGUAGACAGAUAUGAUAAGAUUAAUUUGUACAUUGAUACUGUGUAGGUGGCAGUUCUCUAGUUGCAAUGCAGAGUUAGGCCACUAGUCACUCCAAAAUUCUAUGCUCUUUUUGGUCUCUCUCCCCAUCACAUUUCCUCCUUUCGUUUUCCAUCUUGUUCUGUUCCCUUUGCUUUAACGAGAAUUAUUUUAUUUCAUGGCAAGGGAUUAAAUGAAGUGGGCCAGUCCCAAAUGAAUUUUUAUGGUUGUUUUUAAUGUUGCUUAUAAAAAUUUAAUGUAAGUUUGAAGUUUUGAUAAUAUUUAACAGUAUUUUUUUUUCAAUCUUAUUAUUUGAUUUAUUGUAAUUCUAGGGCACCCAAUGUAGGGGUUCUGUGUCUAGAAGCACAGUUGUUGUCCAAUGUGAUAAAAGCAGUGUAAAUUUGCUUUAUCUCACUAGCUUUCUUUGAUAUUAUAUUUCUUGACUCUGUUUUUCUGUAGGAUUUGAUUUAUUUUUAGCUGUACCUGCCAUGCCUUUUCAAUAUGUCUCUGCCUCUCUCUUUUUUCCUCCCUUGGAUCAAUAUUUAUUUGUUAUUUUGAAAGGUAUCCUUUUUUUCCCUGUUGUUUGUAAAAGGCACAUCAUACUUAUACUGUUGGAAAGCACAUCACUUAAAUUAUUUAUUUGCUAUUUUUGUCCAAACGUAAAAUUAAGAAUAAGUAUAGACAUUAUUAGCUAAAUACCUGUGUAAAUAUGAAGUGAUUUGUCUGAGACAGUGUGUUUAUGUUGUAUUUCCCUGUUUAAAAAUGUAAAAUUUGUAUGUAAAUAGUGUUUGUAAGACUCCUAUCUAUAUUCUAUAACUCUGGUUAUUUGGUUGGUAAAGAUUUGCCUAAGUGACCUAAACAUUAUCCAUCAGUUCUUUGUAAUGGUGCUAGUUUUUACUAUUAUGUUUAUUUCUCCGGGUCUCUUGUAAUAACUGUGCUGUGCUGAAGGUUUGGUUCCGUUAUGAAUCUAUACAAUGUCAUCAGUGCUGUAGUAAAUGAGUUUCCUGGUUCCUCAUGCUUUCCUACUCCAGAAAAUGUAGUAUUGUACCGCAUACUCUACAACUGAAUUAGAAAAAUUAUGGCAUUUGUAAAAAAAAUUGUUCACAUUGUACUACUGUAGUUCUAUGAAAUGUGUCUAUUUGUUAGGAUGUGAAUGAAUAUGGUAUGCCUGUUUGUAUGUGUUGUGUUGAGUGAAAGUGUGUGUGUUUUUGAAGGUGGACUGUUGUUACCUUUGCGGCUUUAUAGGUUUUUAAUUAAUAAUCAAGCAGUCGCUGUCUUCAGCUAACUGUUGGUAUUCAAUUUGAACGUUUGUAAUUGAUUUCAAGGCGUGUAAUACAACCCCAAUAAUUCACUUGGAUUCUCUUACAUUGAAAUGAAAAUAAUAAAUGUGACUACUUUUCAUUUGA